UGCAGUCCGCAGUGAAGCCCCGGCGCCGUCAGAGUGCAGCAGCAGCAGCCGCAGCCUGCAGUCCGGCUCCAUCACUGCGCUCCUCCCUGCGCCGCCCCGGCAGGUGGAAAAGGACAGACAUGGCUUUCCUCUCAGUCCUAGCGAUUCUGGCUCUCCUGGCCUCUGCUGAAGGCAGUGUUGGACCCAGUACCAACAACAGCUUCUGCACAGAGUCAAAGGAGUGUCUGGAAUACGAGUUGGUCUGCAAAACAGACGAGUACGAGGUGCGACACUACAGCCCCACCCGCUGGGUGUCUACCGAUGCCGAAGCCUAUUUCAUGGGCGUGGGAGCAGCCAUGGCUUUCAGGAGGCUUUUCCAGUACAUCACUGGAGCCAACGAAGGAGGCUUCCAGAUGGAGAUGACGGCCCCGGUCCUGGUUAAGAUCCCAGAGGAGACCAAGAUGUGGGAGCCGGCCGUCUACACGCUGAACUUCCCGCUGCCUGCAGCCUAUCAGGACAAACCGCCUGCGCCCACCAACGACAAGCUGUAUUUCACCGAGAUGCCGGAGAUGGACGUGUACGUGAGGAGCUAUGGAGGCUGGAUGCUGUCGGUCACCUCCAGGCUUCACGCCCACCUGCUGACCAAGGAGCUGGAGAGAGUGCGAGCCUCCUACAACCGCAGCUACCACUACGGAGUCGGCUACGACAGUCCUCUGAAGCUGCUGAACAGACAUAAUGAGGUUUGGUAUGUGGCCGAGGGCGAGCCGGUCUGCAGCGAUCCACGGGAACCGACUCCUGCUCACACCCCGAGGCCGACGACCACCGACCUGCCCACCGACGCCCCGACCGACGCCUCAUCCCACGUGCCAUCCGACAGCCCAUCCAACUUACAGUCCGACACAGCUUACCCCCAAUCCGACGCCCCCUCUGCCUUAGAGGCCAACGCCCCCUCUGCCUUAAAGGCCAACGCCCCCUCUGCCCUACAAGCCGACACCCCCUCUCCCCCUCAGGCCGACGCCCCCUCUCCCCCUCAGGCUGACGCCCCCUCUGACCUGCAGGACGACGCCCCCUCUGACCCUCAGGCCGACGCCCCCUCUGACCCUCAGGCCGACGCCCCCUCUGAGCCCCUCACACUGACCCUCUCCGACUCCCCCUCGCCCACCCCCUCCAACCUGUCCUCGAACACAUCCAGCUCCUCCUCACAGUCGCCCUCCGACACCCCGACCCCGUCAGCCCCGCCCAGCGCCCCGCCCAGCGCCCCGCCCAGCCCGUCCUCCGGCCUGCCCGCCGGCGCCGCCGUCAGCCACCCGCCCACGUCCGCCCAGAUCCUGCUGGAGCCGACCUCUAACUCCACCGACCCGGACUCCGCGAGCCCGUCCCUGGACGCCGCCCCGUGGAACGGCACCGCCCACAGCUCUGAGGACACGCACACCGGCGGCCCCCCCGCGGUGCAGCCAGAGGAUGCUCACUAGCCGGAUGUCG